CCAAUUCUUUCGUAAGUCUAUCUCGCAUGUAGCUCCGGAUGUGUCAGUGACGUUGCGAAGCGCAGAUAAUAAUGGAUGGAGCUCUAUCACGGACCUGCCAGAAGCUGUGGGGCGGUCGAUUCGUCGAGGAUGUCGACCCCGACUUUCACGGUCUAAACGCGUCGAUCGACGUCGACAAGCGAAUGUACGCUGAAGAUAUACAGGGGAGCACAGCUUACGCACACGCGCUCUGCGAGGCGGAACUUCUCUCGCAGGAGGAGACGCAAGCUAUAAACACAGCCUUGAAACAGGUGCAGGCAGAAUGGGAAAGCGGCGAGUUCGUCGUAAAACAGGAGGACGAGGAUAUACACAGCGCCAACGAACGAAGGCUCUCCGAAUUAAUCGGUGACGUGGCGAAGAAGCUACAUACCGGAAGGAGUCGCAACGAUCAAACUGUGACUGAUACCAAACUGUGGCUUCGGGGAUCCAUCGACAAGCUUCUGCUCAGACUGAGAAAAUUUAUCGAGGUCCUCGUAGUUCGAGCGGAGCAGGAGGUAGACGUGCUCAUGGCAGGAUACACGCAUAUGCAGCGCGCCCAACCCGUGAGAUGGAGUCAGUGGUUACUCAGCUACGCCUGGUACGCGAAACAAGACUUCGAGAGGCUGCUGGAGGUGCGUAAGCGCGUGAACAUCAUGCCGCUUGGCAGCGGCGCGAUAGCGGGCAAUCCGUUCCCGAUCGAUCGCCGAUCUCUGGCCGCCGAGCUCGGCUUCGACGGGAUCACGGAAAAUAGUAUGCACGCCGUCGGGGAUCGCGAUUUUGUCGCCGAAUUUUUAUUCUGGUCGUCGUUAUCGUCGGUGCAUCUCAGCCGCUUCUGCGAGGACCUGAUCAUCUACAGCACUCGGGAAUUUAACUUCGUUCAAUUCGCCGAUAAAUACUCGACCGGCAGUAGCCUGAUGCCUCAGAAGCGUAAUCCGGAUUGCGUGGAAUUGAUACGCGGGAAAACCGGCACCGUGUUGGGAAAGUGUGUCGGUUUCAUGACCACGCUGAAGGGAAUCCCAUCGACGUACAACAAAGAUCUCCAAGAGGACAAGGAGACGCUCUUUCACACGUACGAUACUUUGUACCGGAUGUUCCACAUCGCCGAAAAAGCACUGGCCACCUUGAAAGUAAACAGAAACAGUUGUAAGAGUUCCUUAACGUCCGACAUGCUCGCGACCGAUAUGGCGUAUUAUCUUGUGAGGAAAGGUAUACCAUUUAGAGAAGGUCACCAUCUGGCUGGCAAGGCCGUCGCUCUGGCCGAAUCGAAAGGAGUGUCCUUGCAGGAGCUGACUCUGCAGGAAUUAAAAACAAUAAGCGAGGCGUUCGAAAACAACGUGUCGUGCAUCUGGGACUUCAACUGCAGCGUCGAGCAGUAUAAAACUGCCGGUGGAACCAAUUCCGAGGCGGUACAACGGCAAAUCGGCAAACUGCGCUCUUGGUUGCUCGAGUUUCCGCCCGAAGGCUAAUUACAUCGCCCAAUUAAUAAAGUCAAUCGAAGCCCCAUGAUGACAGCAACGUUAAAUAAACAUUUACCUCUGUAA